GCCGCUUCUGCCCCAUUUCUGCAACGGCGAUGGCGACGCCCCGCGCCCUCGCCCUCGCCUGCCUCCUGCAAGCCGGAUCGGCUCUCUUCGCCGACCAGGGCUGCUUCGUGAAACCGGAAUGGACCGUGGACCUAGCGUGGCCGGAGACCCGCAUCAGCGUCUGGUCAAGUCCUGGCCACACAUCCAGGAUCUUCGAACUGCAGGUGCACUUCAAGAACACUCUGAAGUCUUACGAUAGACUGAUCAUCACUCCCCAGCAGAUCAAACUGGAGAGGACGCGGGACAUUAUGCUGCAGGAGCCCCUGCUGUUUGACUUCGAGGCUUCCUCUGGGGAAGGAUGGCGAGAGUACGUGUUCUCGGCGAGGGAGGAUUACGCCCUCACCUCCGUCCGGCACAAGAAGACCAUCUCGAUGAAUACAACGAAAGACCUCCAUCCCGGCUCUGUCUCUGUCAAAGGCAGCAACGUUACCCUAAAUUGCCAGUCUCGUGUCCGGGUGUGGCGCGUGACGGCAGAACCCGUCACGGUCCCCUUAGACGGGUCCGGGAGGUACUCGCUCAGCGUCUUCUCGAACCAAGACAUUUCUCCGACCUUCACUCUGGACAAGGAGAGGAUCCCUCUCUCGUGGGCCCGACCUGGUCUGGUCGCCGGCAACGACACUGGCCAAGCCCUCCCGCGCUUCCUGCAGCACAACAUGACUUUAUCGUGCUCCCAAGAAGGCAACACGAAGUCUGUUUGUAGCGUGAAGACUGAGGCAUCCGGCUUCCAGCUCUACCAGAACAAGUACCCGAGAUUCCUGGGGGUCGAGGGCCGUGCUGGAGACGAUUUCUUCCUCCUUUUACUGCAAGACGAAGCGCAGAUCCUUCCGUGUUCCAGCCACGGGUUUGCCAUCGCAACAUACGUCCUGGUCGCAGCACUCGUUUUGGUGAUUCUUGGAACUGGGAUCAUAGCUUGCCGUCUGGUGAUUUCUAAAAAAAACGAUCGCAAAUGGAAACCUCGAGACACAGAGAAUGCCGCAGAGGAACGAAAACUUUUGAGUUCAGACAAUUCUGUCUAACAAGAG